AUAUUGCUGGCGCCGGAAGUGUGCGCUGUGGCGUGCGAGGCGCCGGUGAGGCUCGUUCCGACGCGGUCCCUGUCCCGGCGGCAUGUCCAGCUUCCGCGGGCUCGGGCUGGCGGCCUGGCUGGCGGAGCAGGCGCAGCAGCUGGGCAUAGGCCGCCCCACCCCGGUGCAGGCCGCCUGCAUCCCGCCCAUCCUGCAGGGUCGCGACUGCAUGGGUUGCGCCAAGACGGGCAGCGGCAAGACAGCUGCGUUCGUCCUGCCGGUCCUGCAGAAACUCUCUGAGGAUCCCUAUGGUAUAUUCUGCCUGGUGCUGACACCCACACGGGAGUUGGCCUAUCAGAUUGCUGAACAAUUCCGUGUUCUGGGGAAGCCACUUGGCUUGAAGGACUGCAUCAUCGUUGGAGGGAUGGACAUGGUGGCCCAGGCUCUGGAACUCUCCCGUAAGCCUCAUGUUGUCAUUGCCACGCCUGGCCGGCUGGCUGAUCAUCUCCGCAGCUCCAACACCUUCAGCCUCAGAAAGAUAAAGUUCCUGGUUUUGGACGAAGCUGACCGGCUGCUGGAACAGGGCUGUACUGACUUCACCAAGGACCUGGAGGUGAUUCUGGGGGCUGUUCCAGCGACCAGGCAGACGCUGCUCUUUAGUGCUACGCUGACAGACACGCUGAACGAGCUGAAGAGCCUCGCCAUGAACAAACCCUUCUUCUGGGAGUCUCAGGCCGAAGUGCGGACCGUGGACGAGCUGGUUCAGCGCUACCUGCUCGUGCCGGAGAAAGUCAAGGACGCAUACCUCGUCCAUUUAAUCCAGACCUUCCAGGAUGAGCACGAGGACUGGUCCAUCAUCAUCUUCACCAGCACCUGCAAGAACUGCCAGAUCUUGAACAUGAUGCUGAAGAAGUUCAACUUCCCGUCAGUGGCUUUGCAUUCCAUGAUGAAGCAGAAGCAGCGCUUUGCAGCCUUAGCAAAAUUCAAGUCCAGCGUCUUUAAGAUCCUCAUCGCCACUGACGUGGCUGCCAGGGGCUUAGACAUUCCAACAGUCCAAGUUGUCAUCAACCACAACACCCCAGGCCUGCCGAAAAUCUACAUCCACCGGGUAGGCCGGACGGCCCGUGCAGGCCGGCACGGACUCGCCAUCACGCUGGUGACGCAGUACGACAUCCACCUGGUGCAUGCCAUUGAGGAGCAGAUCAAAACGAAGCUGCAGGAGUUCUCGGUGGAGGAGCGUGCGGUACUCAGCAUCCUCACCCAGGUGAACGUCGCCAGGAGGGAGUGUGAAAUCAAACUGGAGGCGACUGAUUUUGAUGAGAAGAAGGAAAUAAAUAAGCGGAAGCAAAUGAUCCUGGAAGGAAAGGACCCGGACAUGGAGGCAAAGAGGAAGGCGGAGCUGGCCAAGAUCAAGAGGAAGAACAAGCAGUUCCGCGAAAGGGUCCAGCAGACGCUGCAGGAGAAGAAACAGCUUCAGCUGAAGAGGAAGCUGCAGAAGAAGGCGCGUCGGCAGCAGAGACGGGUGGCCGAGAAGUCCCUCUGAGCCACAUUUCAGAUCUGUCCCCCGACCUGCAGCUCCAGACGGCUCUCCAGCCCCAGUCAGCCACAGGACCAUCACGGGCCCCUCUUCCCUUCCAGGAACGGAGGUUUCCCUCCCCGGAGCCUGGUUUCAAUCGCAGUAUCCAACUCGACCAGGUCAGAGGUCUUUGAUUCACAUCUGAACAGGAUUCCCUGGCCAUCUCAGGAGCAAAUAUCCUUAGCUCUGACCAACCCACAGCAGUUUGGAUUCUGCUCCCUCCCUCCCUGACACCCCCACUAGACGCCGCAGAAUGGAUGCUGCUGGUUUGCACCCCGCCCAAUGAAUAAGUGACUCUUGCACCAAGAAUGGCCCCGGAUGUCCCAGCGUGAGGACUUGGCCAAGUGCACAUGGCUCAGCGAACUUUAACCUCGGGGGGGCGGGGCGGUGUGUGCGCCAUCAGGGAAUGUGCUUCACUCUGGAGCCUCAGAACUAAGCGCAGCUCUAUGGUGGGGGGCCCGUCAGGGAGGGAAGUGAUUUCUGCUUUGGUGAUGGGGGGAUGUUUUCUGUGACUCGCAUCUUCCCUGCCCCCAAGAAAUAUUUAUUUGCAAUAAAUAACUGGGUGUCUGGA